AUGUGGCUAUUCAUGCGGAAAACAGGUUUAGCGAAAUAUGAGUCAUGCAUUUUAAACAAUAGAUCAUGUUUAAUCAAGCGGAAAACCGGUUUUAGGAGAACAAUAGAGCGUUCGGUAAUGUUCGGAAGGGAUCGGAUUCUAUUUUACCUGCUCUGAUAUAAAAAUCUUAUUUUCGGGGACUCGGAAUUACUCGCGUUCUUACAUUUGUACGUGCGUAUUUUUCGAGUUUUUACGUGAUCUUUGUGUUUGUGCUUUGUGUGUAUUUUAACUUGUGCAAUGGCUGCCCAUUUUAAAUCCAUGUGUGCUGCGUUCGAUGCUGGCUUCCUUUCCGAGGAUGCCAUGGUUAAGGUUUGUGAGCAGUUGCACAAUAUGAUAACUUCCGGUGAAGUGAUUCCUGAAGAAGAAGACAUUGUGCACUUCCGGCGUCUUCGUGAUGUGGUGGGUACCAUUCAAACGCGCCUGCUUCAACAAAAUGUGAAUGCGCAGCAAGUUAAUACGGGCGUCGUCCCACAGUCCCAACCCGUCGAUCUUACUGUCACUAAUACUUUACAACAUCCGACUAUGACUGCUAAAACACAGUCGCAACCACUGGACCUUACUGUAAAUCCCCAUGUAUCCAAAACGGCUUCGGAAAACGUCCUGACCCAAUCGCAGCCAAUGGACCUCACUGUGAAAAAUGCACCACGACCUGCAACUUCAGGCGUAAAGCCUAAUCGAAAGCGUGCUGCUCCGUGUGUAAAUAAUUUUCUUAAUCCACAACAUUCCACGUCCGGUCUACAACAAGCUACACCUACGGGAUCUAAUAAUAUUAACUCCGAACCCUCUACUUCGGGUCUACACCAAUUAUCACCCCAAGUUGGCCGUGGAGUACCUCGACGUUUCUUAGUGUUGUCAGAGGGAGAGCGGGUAAUAAAGAAAUUCAACUUGACAGCCCAACAGUUAACUAUCAAGUUUGAUGAUGCGGAGCCCAAUGAAGCACCUCUAGAAUGGCUUAAGAAAUCACUGACUGCGCUUAUUAAUUAUAUAACUAAGAGGCGUAGUGUGAGUGAUCGCAUUGGAUUAAUGCUGACAAAUAGCGAGUUUCCUGACAACCCUCUUGGAUUUUCAUUCCGCCGUAUCGACCAACUGAAUGCUAACGUCAUGCUGAAGACCAUGGACAAGGUUAUGCAAAGUAAUAAGGCGUUCUUCUCCAGCGAUGCACUACGGGUUGACGUGAGUCUAAUUACCCUCCCUAAUGGCAAGGGGCGGCAACGCAUGACGGGUGUUACUUUUGAGGAGUUCUCGCAGCGAAAACACGGUAUCAUUCUCAUUAACAACAAUGAUACUCUGUGCCUCGCUCGUGCGCUGGUCACCGCCAUAGCUUUCCGUAACAAUAGCCCAGAUUUACCAUACCUGAAAGUUGGACAUGCUCUCCAGACAGAAAAAGCCCGAGAAUUGUAUGCUGCGGCAGGCGUAGAUUUGAGUAACGGAGGGACCAUUGAGCACAUACGUCAGUUCCAGAAUUACCUGACGGACUUCACCAUCGUCGUGUACAACCACAGAUUGGGCAAGACGGUGUACUUCGAAGGACCACGAGCCCCUCAGCGUCAAGUGCUAAACCUCCUCAUGGAGAAUGAACAUUACAAUGUGAUUACAAGCCUAACGUCCGCGUUUAGUUGUAGCUGA